GACUGGUCUACCGAAGAUGAGGACGAAGAUAAUGGCGGCGUGAGCGAGAAGGGGUUGGAGAGACUCAUGGCUUUGGUCGGCCCAGAGGACCUCAAUGAGUACGAGCUUGCUCAACUAGGUGAGGGUGACAGUGAGGAUGGUGAACGGGAGCAGGAGGAGGAUCAAGAGGAGGAGAAGGAUCAAGAGGAGGAUGAGGAUGAAGAUUCGCUCAAUGGGGAGGACGGUCUUGAAGAUGAUUCUGCAGCUGAAGAUUCACCCGUUGACCCCGACGCUGUGGCCGUGGACGACCUCGGUUCUGACGUCUCCAUCGAUGAAGAUGCCGUUCCCAAACGCAAAGUCACUCAUUACAACAAACCUGCCAUGCGUGCGCUGAGAGAAGGCAUUCGAAUGACCCACCUACCUUGGUCGGAGCACUUGAUCAUGUCCAGCAAGGAGAAACUAGAUGUAGAUCCGGAAGAUGUCAUGCAAGCCCUCAAACUGACGACUAGCUACAAACUUGCUUUGGACCAGGUGGGAAAUGCGCGCAAGACAGCGGCGAAGUACGACAUUCCGUUCGACAGACCCAACGACUAUUACGCCGAGAUGGUCAAGUCUGACGAACAUAUGGAGAGGGUACGAACGAAGUUGGUCGAGGAGUCCCAGGGAAUCAAGAAGUCUGAGGAAGCGAGAAAACAACGCGACUUGAAGAAAUAUGGCAAGCAAAUACAAAUGGAGAAGCUCAAGCAGCGCCAGAUGGAGAAGAAGAGUUUCCAGGAGAAGGUCAAGGGUUUGAAAAGGAAGCGAAAUGACGGAAUGGACAUAGGUGGCGACGAAGAGUUUGGAAUAGAGAUCGAUGAUGCGGCCGAUGGUCCAGGCGGGAGAGGCAAGUCACAGCGUGGAGGCAGGGGUGGCAGAGCUAAUCCUCAGAUGCCCCGUUCAGCGCGUGAGUCCAAGUAUUCAACGGGUGGUGGCAAUUGGCGAAGCAAGCAAAAUACGUCAGAGAGCACAGCGGACUUUGGUGGUUGGGGCGGUGGAGGCCGCGGGUCAAGAUCCGGGUCCGGAGGUAUGGUACGAGGUGGAAAUCGACCUGGUAAAUCUCGAAGGCAAGCUGGAAGGGUAUGA